AUGUUGCGUGUUCUUUCCUUGCAUUUCCCCUCACAUUUUCUUCCAGUCUCCGUCUCUCUCUUCAGCGGCGAUGAAAAGUUCCUUCUGGUAGCCGAAGUCGAGGGAACGGAAUCUGGCCAGACGCUUUUGGUGGUGGUGAAUUGCUCUAUAUCGGCUUAUAGGAAUUAUGAUACUCAAGCAACUGUCAAUUUCUCAUCAAUAGCUAAGCAGCCUCCAAAAGACAUGCUUUGUGCUAUUGCUGAACUUGAAAGUGGUAGACAGACUCUGGCCACGCAGUAUAACAAGAAUUCUAAAGAUUGCACGAUGGGAAUCAUGCACAUCUCAUCAAAAACUGCGAAGUGGCUGGGGACUAGCGUUUCCAAAUCAUUGCCGGAAAAUAAAUAUUAUCCACUUAUUAGUGCUGAUAAAGCUAAAGCUGCAAAUGCAUCUGCAAUCGACGCGAUACUCUGCCAGCAAGGAACAUUAGACCCCAAGAAGGUGAAGACUUGGGAGUUUACUAUUAUUUUUAAGUUGUCAUGGUAUUGUUUAUUUUUUUUCUCUUGUUGCUGUGCCAUCAGUGUGAUGGAAGAUUGGUAUGAAGCAUUUGAAAGAAUGUCCUUCUACGGAAUAGCAUCAAAUUUAGUGGUUUACUUGACAAUGACUACCAUAUCCAUUCUUGAAAAGAGGAUAUGCAGUUCUUCAUCUGCUUGUUCGAAGGUAGUGAAUGCAUGGGACAUGACUACUGAAAUCUCCGUUUCCCAGCUUCAAACUUUAGUUGAGGACCCUAAUGCAAAGUUCCAGUUAGAAAAUCUAUUGACAAUGGUUGCUCAUCUUUGGACAAAUCAUGCCAGUGAUACUGAUCCAUCAAUCACUAAUAUCAGGUAA